CCCUCCCCGUUCAGACUUUUGCCGCUCGUCGACCCUUUGAAAAAUUGAAGAUCCACAAACAAACACACACUCUGCACACUCCAUUACUCUACUCUGCACACCCAUUUGAUUCGACCGUUUCUUCCAUCCGUAACAACUUCCUCCAAUCAUUCGAUCUUUCUAGAUAUCCAGAGAGAGAGAGAGAGAGAGAGAGAGAUGGAGUCCGACGUCCCACUCAUCGAAAUCGCAGGAGAAGACGACUCGCUGCUUCAAUUGACCCACGGUGACGCCGUUUCAAGCAGCAGCACCAGCAAAAUCUCCAAAGACGACGCCUUUUUCUUCUGCUCGCCUCUCCAAACCCGCAGAUCCAAGCCACUCGAAGGUGUGGUGGUGAGUGAGAAUUCCAAAAAGCCGAGUUCUACGCUUUGUAGAGAGAGUGCGAAUGCGAAUAAAGAGAAUACGGGUGCAAAUAAAUUAGAAGAGCAAAAACUCAGCCUCCUGCCGCAGCAAAUGAAGAGGAAGAAGAGGGGGGUGGAUACAAUUUGCGCAAAAGCCUUGCUUGGGAUCGAGCCUUCUUUACCGAUGAAGGUGUACUAAAUUCCGAGGAACUAUCCAUGAUUAGCGGGAAUGCAAAUUCUAAUGGGUUGUUGUCAGUUAUUGAGGAAGACACAAAUAGCAUUACUGAUUCAGCAGAUCUACAUGUUAUUGAAGAAAAUUUAUUCAAGGUUUUGCCAGAAAGUCCUUCAAGUAAGAAGGAUAGGACUGUUGCCGGCAGUCCAUUACCAAAGCAUGACUCAUCAGCUAAAGAUAAAGUAGCACCAGGUUCCGCGGCCAAGCGGAAGGUGCUUUCAGCCCGGGAUAUUAAUAGAAGUGGCUCAAAACGCAGUGGUUGCCCUCGACCUGUGGCCUCUUCUUCA